UCGCAAAAUGGCGGCGACUGCGGUGCCCGUUCACAAGAUGGCGGCAGCGCCGGUGCGCGCUCACACAAUGGCGGCGACGGCGGAGCCCGUUCACAAGAUGGCGGCGGAAACAGAGCCCCGUCACGUCACAGCUGCCAUACCAGAGCUAUAUGGAGUUACAGCUGCAUUUCCUGAGUCAAGUCGAGUUUCCAAGUCAAGUCAAGCUGCAGCUGUGUUUCCUGAGUCAAGUCACGUUUCCGAGUCCAGUCCAGUUGCAGCUGUAUUUCCUGAGUCAAGCAAGUUUACUGCUGCUGUUCCUGUGUCAAGUCAAGCUGGGGCUGUGUUUUCUGCAUCAAGUCAAGUCAGAGCUGCUCUUCCUAAGGCAAGUCAGGCUAAAACUGUUUUUCCUGUUUCAAAUCAAGCCAGAACUGUAGUUCCUGUGUCAAGUCAAAUUACAGCCACGCCAGAGCCACUGCACAAGAUGGCUGCCACGCCAGAGCCACUGCACAAGAUGGCUGCCACGCCAGAGCCAAUGCACAAGAUGGCCGCCGUCUCCAAGCCGCUCCACAAUAUGGCUGCCAUUCCAGAACCUGUGGUCAGCGCCCGGACGCCACUUGUGGUCAUGAUGGCCCACGUGCUGGACACACCCCUAAUGACAGUACGGGCAGCUAAAGUGGCGCUCCAUGUCGCGGCGGCUACCCCUGAGUCAAGCCAAGUCACAGCUGUUCCUCACGAGUCAAGCCAAGUCACAGCUGUUCCUCACGAGUCAAGCCAAGUCACAGCUGUUCCUCACGAGUCAAGCCAAGUCACAGCUGUUCCUCACGAGUCAAGCCAAGCCACAGCUGUCCCCCACGAGUCAAGCCAAGUCACACCUGUUCUUCAGGAGCCAAGCCAGGUUACAGCAGGUCCUCAUGAGCCAAGUCAAGCUGCUGCUGUUUUUCCAGAGCCAAGUCAAGCUUCAGCCGCUGCUCCAGAGUCAAGUCAGGCUAUGGCUGUAGCUUCCAAGUCCAGUCAGGCUUCCAAGUCCAGUCAGGCUUCCAAGUCCAGUCAGGCUUCCAAGUCCAGUCAGGCUUCCAAGUCCAGUCAGGCUUCCAAGUCCAGUCAGGCUUCCAAGUCCAGCAAUGUCAAGGCGGUCAUUCCUGAGUCAAGCAAGGUAACAGCCGUGGUUCCUGAGUCAAGUGAAGUCAAUGAUCUUCUCAAGCCAGUUCAAGUCACUGCUGGUCUUCACGUGUCAGAUCAAGUCACUGCUGAUCUCCAUGAGCCAAGUCAAGUCACCGCUGGUCUCCAUGAGUCAAAGCAGUUCACUACUGUUCUUCACGAAUCGAGUCAAGUCACAGCCAAUCUCCAAGAACCAAGUCAGACCACAGCUGAUCUUCAUGAGCCAAACAAAGUUGUUGCUGCUGUCCCAGGGUCCAGCCACGCCCCGCCUGACGGCCCAGGGUCCAGUCACGUCCCGCCUGACGGCCCAGGGUCCAGUCACGUCCCGCCUGACGGCCCAGGGUCCAGUCUCGUCCCGCCUGACGGCCCAGGGUCCAGUCUCGUCCCGCCUGACGGCCCAGGAUCCAGUCUCGUCCCUCCUGACGGCCCAGAGUCAAGCCACGUCUCGUCUGACCGCCCAGAGUCAGGCCACGUCUCGUCUGACCGCCCAGAGUCAGGCCACGUCUCGUCUGACCGCCCAGAGUCAGGCCACGUCUCGUCUGACCGCCCAGAGUCAGGUCACGUCUCGUCUGACCGCCCAGAGUCAGGUCACGCCCCGUCCGAUGACCCUAAGUCAAGUCACAUCUCGUCAGACAUCCCAAGAUCACGGCCUAUCAUGAUAGCCAGCGUACUGGAUCCACCACAACCUCCCGAUGCUGCUCUUCCUUUAAUGGCGGUUGCCAUUUGGUGUGUGUGGGCUGCACACUGUGCCCCUGAGGCCACGCCUGUUCACAAGUCAGCUCCUGAGGUCACGUCUGUUCCAAAGUCAAUCCCUGAGGCCCCGUCUGGUCACAAGUCGGCUCCAGAGCUCCCCUCACUUGGAGAAGCCAUGCCAAUGCCUCCUGAGGUGUCAGCCUUGGCUGUAGAUCCUCCCAUGGAGGCGGCAUCCCCCAAUAACCUCUCUGCUUCUCCCCUUGUUCUGUCAGCCUUCUCUGUCUCUGCUUUUCCCAGGUCCCAGACCAUAACGCGGUUUCCUGCUCCGUCCCAGCUCCCGCCUGGUCACAAGCCAGCUCCAGAGCUCCCGUCUGAUCUCAAGCCUGCUCCAGAGCUCCCGUCUGAUCUCAAGCCUGCUCCAGAGCUCCCGUCUGAUCUCAAGCCUGCUCCAGAGCUCCCGUCUGAUCUCAAGCCUGCUCCAGAGGUCCCGUCUGGUCUCGAGUCUGCCCCAGAGGCCUUCCCCGUCGGAGAAGCUGCGCCAAUGCCUCCAGAGGUGUCAGCGUCAGCUGUAGAACCUCUUAUGGAGGGGGCGUUAAACUCUAAACUCUCUGCUUCUCCCUUUCUUCUGUCUGUCUCCUCUGUCCCUGUUCUCCCCAGGUCCCAGACCAUGACGCAGGCUCCUGUUCCGCCCGGAGGGCUGCUCCGCCUCCUGUUCCGCCCUGGAGGGCUGCUGCGCCUUCUCCCCCUAUUCUGUCUGCCUCCUCUGUCCCUGCUUUCCCCAGGUCCCAGACCGUGACGCAGAUUCCUGUUUCGCCCCAGAGGGCUGCUCCGCCUCCAGUUCCGCCCUGGAGGAGUCCUGCUCCGCCUCCAGUUCCGCCCUGGAGGAGUCCUGCUCCGCCCUGGAGGAGUCUUGCUCCGCCUCCAGUUCCGCCCUGGAGGAGUCCUGCUCCGCCUCCAGUUCCGCCCUGGAGGAGUCCUGCUCCACCUCCGGUUCUGCCGUGGAGGACUGCUCUACCUUCAGCUCCGCCCUGGAGUACGCCUGUGCCUCAUGCUCCGCCCCCGGCUCCGUCCUGGAGGGCCUUUGUGCUGCCGGUCCUGCCUCAAUCACCGGGUCCUCCGCAGGGACCUGGUCCUCCAGCCCUCGCCCUGUCUCGCUCC